CAGCCAGCUAAGAGAGUUCUGUUCCCAAAUUUGUCUCCUUUUCUCGAUUCCUCUCCGCUCUACUUUUUAAAUUUCUCUCGUGUUCGGCCGCUCCCGCGUCGCAAGCGCACGAGCCAGCGCCGCCAUGAUCUCUUCAGCGAGGCACGCAGUUUCGCCCUUCACGUCCUCUGGUUUCUUGACCCAGAGGCGCUCGGUUGCCAAGCCUCUGCUUUCUCCGGUACCCAUCAUUAAGAAUGAGCAGCUGAGCCUGAAUCAUGCGGUCUCUCCCCAGAAACCCGUGUACAUCUCCUCAAUUGAGACGUUCUCUCCAUUGGCGACGAAACCCCAGAAGCGCAAGAUCGAGUGCAAUGCCUACGAAGCUGCCGAUAGGCCGCUUGAGAUCAACAUCGAGCUUCCUGACGAGCAGGCUCGGGCUGAGGCCGCUCAGCGGAUCAAGAUCGGUUUGUACUUUGCUACUUGGUGGGCUCUGAAUGUGGUGUUCAAUAUAUACAACAAGAAGGUUUUGAAUGCGUUCCCUUAUCCGUGGCUCACGUCCACGCUCUCGCUCGCUGCUGGUUCUUCGAUGAUGCUGAUUUCUUGGGCGACUAAAGUCGCCGAGACCCCAAAAGUUGAUCUUGAGUUUUGGAAGAUGCUAUUGCCGGUGGCUGUGGCUCACACAAUUGGACAUGUAGCAGCAACUGUAAGCAUGUCAAAAGUUGCAGUGUCCUUCACUCACAUCAUCAAGAGUGGAGAGCCUGCUUUCAGUGUCUUGGUCCAAAGGUUCUUGUUGGGCGAGACAUUCCCAUUUUCUGUUUAUUUGUCUCUGUUGCCAAUCAUUGGAGGAUGUGCUCUUGCUGCCGUGACUGAGCUCAAUUUCAACAUGACUGGAUUUAUGGGCGCUAUGAUCUCGAACUUGGCAUUUGUGUUCCGGAACAUCUUCUCGAAGAAAGGCAUGAAGGGGAAGUCAGUUAGCGGGAUGAAUUAUUAUGCCUGUCUUUCUAUGUUGUCCCUUUUGAUCCUCACACCUUUUGCAAUUGCCAUGGAGGGCCCUCAGAUGUGGGCUGCUGGUUGGCAAAAGGCCGCCUCUCAGAUCGGACCCAAUUUUGUCUGGUGGGUCGUGGCUCAAAGCGUCUUCUACCACUUGUAUAACCAAGUUUCAUAUAUGUCCCUCGAUCAGAUCUCUCCCUUGACCUUUAGCAUUGGUAACACGAUGAAGCGGAUUUCCGUGAUCGUUUCGUCCAUCAUCAUCUUCCAUACGCCUGUCCAGCCUAUCAAUGCCCUUGGAGCUGCCAUUGCGAUAUUGGGGACCUUCCUCUACUCUCAGGCUAAGCAAUGAAGGGGUGCAGAGAGACUUUGCAGUUGCCACUCUGGACAGACUUAGAAAACUACUGUGAGGAAACAGGAAAGCAAACAGGUUGGAAGAAUUGGCAGCUACUGAUGGACUGACUAUCAUUGGAGAGUUAAUGACUUGUGCCACUCCGCUUGAUGAAGCAUGCCCUCCUAACGCUUCGAAAUAUCGUCCACGAUCUUGUCUUAGUAGAUAAUUAGACAGAGAAAAUAGUUUCUGUUUCUGUACGUCUGUAAGCGCUGUAAUGCUAAGAGUGAAAUGUAGAGCAUGCGGAUGUUGAUUCCCAGUAUAAGAAUAGCAUGAUUUCUUAAAUGAAAUUCAUGAUCUCUCACUCAUCUUUUGUGCA